AUACAUAAUGUAUAUAUUAUAUAUAUUUUUAGUGGCAACUUACGUGUAAAGAGAAUAUCUGGAAAUUAGCUUUUGUAGGCACAAUGCACUUUGCUGGUCUUGUGUUGGGUACAGCAUUGUCUGGUUACUUUGCUGAUCGUUUUGGACGCAAAAUAGUUUUCAUUAUUUGUAUUAUUUUUAUGGCUAUAACGGGCAUAGCCCAAGGACUUGCUUGGGACUAUAACAGUUUCUUAUUAUUUGCUUUCCUUAAUGCAGUCGGAACAUCCGGUGUAUAUCCACUUGCAUUUAUAAUUGGCGUGGAAAUGGUUGGUCCUCGUAUGCGUGAAAUGUCGUCAAUAGUUUUAAACUAUUUCUACGCUAUUGGUGAAGCUAUGGUUGGAUUGACUGCAUGGUUACUUCACGAUUGGCAAUUGUUACAAUUUGCACUUUCCGUACCGCCUUUAUUCUUUAUAGUAUAUUACUGGAUAGUACCGGAAUCGGUACGUUGGUUACUUGCACGCAACGAGAAAGAAAAGGCUGGGCUAAUUAUACAAAGAGCAGCAGCGAUAAAUAAAAAGGAAUUAUCAGCGGGACUAUUGGCCAACUUUAAGGUUGAAAAUUGUAAUGGAACCAAAUCCAAAUCAAAAGCGGAUAAGAAUGAAAUCUGGUCAGCAGUAAAGCAAGUGUUUAAGUCAAAAACUUUACUGAUACGUUAUACAAUUAUGUUAUAUAUAUGGGCUAUCAACGCAGUCGUCUUCUACGGACUGUCAUUAAAUUCCACUAACUUAAGCGGAAACAAGUAUAUUAAUUUUGCACUGGUUUGCUUAGUUGAGAUACCUGGUUACUCCUUAGCCUGGAUUUCAUUACGUCGGUUUGGACGUCGUUUAUCUCUUACCGGUUCGUUGUUUCUUUGUGCUGUAACAUGUGUGGCAGGUGGCUAUAUAACCAAAGUACAACUAAAUUUGGAAUCACGUACUACAUGGGCUAUUAUUACGCUAUUUUUAAUUGGUAAAUUGGGCAUUACAUCAUCAUUUGCUGUAAUAUAUACUUAUACAGCAGAAAUGAUGCCAACUGUAAUACGUAGUGGUGGUGUUGGUGUUAUGUCUACUUUUGCUCGAUUUGGUGCUAUGCUUGCACCUUUUGUGCCGCUCUUGGGAGUUUAUUUUGAACCUCUGCCAUUACUUCUCUUUGGCGCAGCUUCAUUUUCCGCUGGCAUAUUGGCCUUGUUAUUACCAGAAACAUUUCGUAAAAAAUUACCUGAUACAGUAUUAGAUGCAAAACUAUUGGGUAAAAAUAAAAAAAAGACCACAGAAACUGAGCCAGAAGCAAUUAGAAAUAAUAGUACAAGUAACUCGAACGAUGAGCCUGUUGGUAUUCAAAGUGAUACUGGAUAAAAUUAAUAAUAGAUUAAUAUAUAGAUUUUGGAUAAUGGAGUACAA